AUGAAAACUGAUAUAAAUGACAAGCCUGAGGUGAGCUUGGAGGCUCUAGCCGACCUUCAAGUUCCUCGUGAUAUUUCCAUCUCUCCCGACGGGACCCAGAUUGCCUAUGCACUGCGAGCUUACAGCAAGAAGGGCGAACAUGUCACCUCCUCAAUCUGGAUCGCCAAAGUUGGCGAAGAAAACAGCAGUCGCCAACUUACUCCGGGUUUAUUCAAUGAUGAACAGCCCCACUGGUCUCCAGCGGGAAUGAUAGUUGCCUUCAAAUCGGAUCGACAUCGGCCAGGGCAAAGUUCUGCCAUAUAUCUGUUGUCAAUCAAUGGUGGCGAAGCAUACCCCGUAACGCCGGUGGAUUUUGAGAAGCCAAUUGUGGCCUUUCAAUGGGAUUCUACCGGCACAAGUAUCGCAUUUACGAGCGCGGAUGAGAAGACAACCGAGCAGGUUGCAAAGGAGAAAGCAAAAGACGAGCCGACAAUUUGGGGCCAGGACCAGGAAUACCACCAUCUGAGAACUGUUGAUGUAGCAAGAAGGCAAAUUGACACCAUCGUUGGUGGCAACAGACACGUGCAUGACUUCACUUGGAGCCCUGACUCACGAGAGAUUUGCUUUGUUGCACAUAAAGACCCAGAUAUCAACUCUCCUUGGCUUUACGGUACAGAGAUCUGGCUGACAUCUAAGUCCGGACUGGAGCCGAAGAAAAUCGUCGAAUUUCCCGGAAUGAUCAGCCAGAUCGCAUGGGGAGACUGUGGUGUUUACUUCAUUGCUGGUCAUGUCCCAACUCACAUCUUAACCUCCCUUUCGUUGUACGAACUUGAUAUUAAAAACAGCUCAUAUGCAGAGCAUAUAAAUGGCGAUGAGGAGCACUGUUGCAUCACAAUUCGGAAGAAUCUAUCUUGCCUAUCUUACCGUGUCCAGAGGUACCUGGCUGACGAGUUCUACUCGAUCAGUGAUGGCACUCGUACGAAGGUCUAUGGCGAUGAGUGUGAGAUGAUCUCAUUUGACUUCCUCAAGACUCCGGAUAAUGCUAUCGUUGCGAUCACGAAGGGUGAUGGGUCAAAUCCCGAGGAGGUCUUUUCCGUCUCAGAGCCUGCGGGUACAGUCAGAUUGUCCGCUCACAAUUCCUCGAUCGCCGCCCUGAAAAUAUCCAAGUCGUGGUCAAUUUCAACUCGCGCGGCAGAUGGAUACUAUCUCGACGGAAUGAUAUAUGUUCCCUCCACAUACAACCCUGAGGAUGGGCCACUCGCAACGAUUCUCAUUCCGCACGGAGGGCCAUACUGGCGGAUUACCAAAGGUUUUGCUGUCUGCCAUUGUCUUGAGGCUCCGGUAUUAGUCUCAAUGGGCUAUGCCGUUCUUUGCCCCAACUACCGUGGUGGGAGCAGUAGGGGUGAAAGACAUGCGGCUUACGCUCAUGGAGGGGCUGGAACAGUCGACUACACGGACUGUAUUGACGUCCUGCGAUACAGUAUCGCCAAGGGUUGGGUAGACCCUUCACGUGUGGCAAUCGGUGGUUGGUCGCAGGGAGGAUUUCUAUCUUAUUUUGGAGUCACCCGCGAGGAUUUUCAAUUCAGAGGAGCCAUAUGUGGGGCAGGCAUAUCAGAAUGGACCUCUAUGGCGAUGAUGAGCGAUGCAUAUACGAUGCAAGCUGAAAUGGUCGGCGGUGCUCCAUGGGAUGUGGAUAAGAGCUUAAAGCCCGGGGAAGACUCGACAAGCCUCGAGAAGCAAUGGAUUGGUAACGCAGAUGGUCGCAAGGCAAGUGCAUUAUGGCACAUGCGUCAUGUGAAGACACCCAUCCUGAUUCUUCAUGGCGAGAACGACGUGCGUGUGCCCUUAGAGCAGGCCAUCGCAUUCUACCGUGCGUGUGUUCACAACAACGUGCCUGUCGACAUGGUGACUUAUCCUCGAGAGGGUCACUUCAUCAGUGAAAGAAGACAUCUACUCGAUAUGUGGGAGCGCAUGAGGAAAUUUUGUUAUCUGAACUUACAGUAA